CGCGCGCAUCCCGCUCGACGUACCGCGUUCCAAAAAUAUCAACAGUCGGCCCGGCCGCGUUCCCAUGCCAUGUUCCCCGCGUGAACAAACUCCUUGUUACGAAUUGCAAUUUUUACACAGUUAUCAUCGCUUAUUGAUAUAGUGUUGGAAAUUAUCGAUAUCGCAUGUGCAGUGCAAUUUUGAGUGCAUCACGUCACACCGAUGCUGCGAUGUCACCAACCGCCAUCGGCGGUGACUUGCCCCAAUGGUGUGGCAAGACAGAGGGCUGCCCUCAAGCCCUGCUAGGCUGGCUCUACCUGACUCACGAUCAGAACGAUCAGUGGGUACCGGGAUCAGUAUGGGGUCCACUACCGACCGCCGCGACGGGCUCCACGCACCAAGCAGACGAUACCAGCUCGCUUGCAGAACAGCUGACAGCGCUCUCCCUCCGCCGUCCCCCGCGACCCCCGCCCCCGGCUUACAUGUGCCACUUGUGCUUCAAGAAAGGACACUACAUUGGCGAUUGUCCACAGGCCCGACCGAAAGGCGAAGGUUUGACACCGUACCAAGGCAAGAAACGUUGUUUCGGCGAGUACAAGUGUCCAAAGUGCAAACGCAAGUGGAUGAGCGGUAACUCUUGGGCCAAUAAUGGACAGGAGUGCAUCAAGUGUCGUAUUAACGUAUUUCCUCAUAAACAGAGACCUUUGGAAAAACCCGACGGCCUGGAUGUCAGCGAUCAGUCAAAGAUCCACCCCCAGCAUCUCUGCCAGAAAUGUCGUUCGUUGGGUUAUUACUGCCGUCGUGAAUAUUAACUUUCAUUAUGUUUUUAUUUACAUUUACACAUUAAUAUAACGGGAUAAUGAUGAUGAUGACUGGUUCGGCUUAUUUUUGUUCAAGAUCAGUCAGUUAAAAUUUAAUCUAUGAAAUAUAUUUAACCUUGCAACCUUUACGGUUUCCAACUUGGAAUUAAACAAUAUUUACAUGCAAAACACUCUCAUAUGCAACCAAAUGUAUAUUAGUGCGUAAAUUCAUGAAUACAACAGAUUUAAGUUUUCCCAAUUAAACCUUAAUUAAGUCUUCAACGCACAAAAUUGUUUCGCCUACCGUAUUAGCCGAUGUAUUGGACAGGCUUUAUCCUGUUCAGAUUUUGAUUUAUUGUUUUGGCUUCUCAAUAGUUUUGUUUAUCGGAUUAGCAUCUAACAUGUUAUAAUCGAAUAUUGACUCAUUCUGAUUGUCACCUAUUAUUUCGUCGUCUAAAUUUAUAUUUAUUUUAUCAAAAGGGCUGUUUGAUGUUUGCGUCAUUAUAAUAUUCAACGCGCUCCAUUUUCCUUUUACUUCUAAUACAAACGAUGAAUAUUUCCCUAGGAAUGUUUGCUAAAUAAAAUCCUUAAAUGCCUUUUGCCCGUAAAUAACAGUGAUAGUGCUUGACCAAAUAUUUCACUACCAUUUAUAUGGUAGUUCUCGUAAGAGUUCCAUUGUCAUAUUGGAAAUACUCCGAGAUGAUGAUGUUAAUAUUAUACCCGAUAGGAUACUAACACUAAUAAUACAAUUGCAUUAAUUCAUGAAUGCAUUGCAAUUCAGUUAAACAUUUGAGGUGAGGUACAAUAUGUAUAAUCGUGACUUGUAUUUAGAUAUUUUCGUUGGUUCAAAAAACACAGAAUUUUGGUUAUUAGUAAUAGACGAUUUCUUAUAUAUACUUAUACGUAAUUUAUCUUACGUUAUCUUACAAUACAUGAACGAUUUAUAACGAAAUUUAAUCGUCCAUUUGUGGGUCGCCGAACGCUAUUGGACGUCAAAUCAAAUUCAUUUAAAACAAUGUUGGAAGCCGAAAAGGUACAAGA